AUGAAUGUUCUUGUAUAUUCAGGUAACGGAACAACUGCUGAAUCUGUCAAACAUUGCUUAUACACGCUCCGAAGAUUCUUAUCACCACAUUACGCUGUGAUCAGCGUCGAUGCUAAUGUAAUUAGAAAAGAGCCUUGGGCUGAAAAAACCUCAUUGCUCGUUUUCCCUGGCGGGGCGGAUUUGCCAUUUUGUUCCGAAUUCAACGGCGAAGGCAACAGAAAGAUCAAACAGUUUGUCAAGCGUGGUGGUAAAUACAUGGGUUUUUGUGCCGGAGCCUACUAUGCCUCUUCAAGAUUAGAAUUUGAAACCGGAUCUGAUAUCGAGGUUAGUGGUUCUAGAGAGCUCAAAUUUUUCCCAGGAACCGCAGUUGGUACAGCGUUCAAAGGAUUUAGAUACUCUUCUAAUAAUGGGGAAAGAGCCGCCUAUUGCAGCAUCGAACCAACCCUUGCGGAUGGAGAAACACAUUCAUUCAACACUUUUUUCUCUCAUUACAAUGGUGGCCCAACAUUUUAUGAUGCUGAGAAGUUUGAUAAAGUGGAAGUUUUGUCAAGGUAUCUUGAACCUAUAGAUGCUGAUUCCGGAGAAGCUAAAACCAAUGCUGCUAUCAUUCAUUGCGAAGUAGGUGAUGGUUCAGCUAUAUUAUUUGGGCCUCAUGUCGAAUUUGAGCCUUCUUUGCUUAAAUAUAGCCACUCAAGGAAGGAUAGUGCGAUGAUACAAAGACUAGAAUCAAAUUCAUCUCAAAGAGACUAUUUCUUGCGGUUAUGCUUGAAAAAGCUUGGACUAAAAGUCAACAAUGCCGAAGACGCCAUCGUGCCAAAAUUGACUCCGUUGUUGCUUUCCUCCAUUAAUGAGGAGGAACUAAGACGCAUGGUUAGUAACAUUGAAGCGAAUGUUGGAUACCAGGAUGAUGAAAAGAGCAUCAUAAAGGAUGCAAACGACAGUUUUCACGUUACAAAAAUUCUGGACAGCCAAGCUUCUAUUCCUUCCAAAAUGAAUCUGGAUGAUUAUGAUGACCCCGAUGCUGCCGUGAAGGAGAUUUGGAUCUUUGAAAAUGGCGAAGUUCCUUACUACAGAAUGACUCCUUACUUCAACAUUACAGCAUAUUAUAGUAAUCUCACUGCUAUUUGGAAAGAAGAAAACGAAAAAACUCCAUUCUACCCAAAAGAUUUCACCUAUGGGAAAACUUUGUUGUACGGUGAAAUCCUCACCUCCACAAAUACCCUUAUUGAAAAAAAUUACAAAAUUUUACAAUAUCUACCUGAUGGGUACACUGCCAUUGGUACAACCCAAAUAUCUGGAAGAGGUCGUGGAGGAAAUGUUUGGGUCAGCCCGAUGGGUACCCUUGCCAUCUCGACUGUGGUGAGAUUAUCUUUUGAGGAUGCAGUAAACUCCCCGGUGAUUUUCGCACAGUAUUUAACCAGUAUGGCCAUGGUGGAUGCGAUAUUAGGUUACGGUGAAGGUUACGAUGAGAUGCCUGUGAGAUUGAAGUGGCCAAAUGAUAUUUACGUGAUGAAACCUUCAUUCCUCGCAAAAUAUGGCAAUAAAGGUCCUCCAAAAUACGUGAACGAAAUCGAUCCGAUAUAUGCAAAAAUUGGAGGGUUGUUGAUUAGCACAGUAGCUCAACAGGACAAUUAUGUGAUGGUAAUUGGUGCGGGAAUCAAUGUUUCAAAUGCCGGGCCUACCACCACUUUGAAUUUGGUAUUGAAUCAAUUAAAUCAUCUUAGAGCUGCAAAAGGACAACCUCCAUUACCAAAUUAUACCACUGAAAAGCUUGCGGCCAAAUUUAUGGUGAGCUUGGAUAAAUUAUUUGCAAUCUUCAAGACAUCAGGAUUCACCCUGUUGUUACCGAAGUAUUACAACUACUGGUUGCAUGAAGAUCAAAUUGUUACUCUAGGAUCGAUAGGAUCGACCAAGGCACAGAUAAGGGGCAUCAGUAGUACAAAUGGGCUUUUGGUGGUCGAAGAAUUGAAUAGAGAUGAUACCCCAACUGGGAAAACUUUUGAAUUGCAACCCGAUGGAAAUUCUUUUGAUAUGUUUAACGGUCUAAUUACAAGAAAGCACAACCGUUAA